AUGAGCACUCUUGCGGCCGAGUUCAAGAGCGCCUACGGUGCUGGCUCCGGCGACGGCCUUGCAGCAGUAUUCACACCAAUCGCAACCCAAAACAAACCUUACCGAUUACAAUCGUUCUACGACUUUACAAAUGCUGCAUCCCUGCAGAAAGACCUGUCAUUCGCCCUCUUCCACGGCAAGAGCCUGAAAGUACCCAGAGCCGAACAAACUGCAUGGGUGGAUAUCUUCGCCGCGUACUGGGAAGCAGUUGGGGAGGUGCUGAAGUGCGAGCAAGGUCGGCGUGAUGCGAGCCUUGUCGCAGUAUUCAUUGCAUGGAAGAAGGUUGCCAAUGCACUCAUUCGGGGCUAUUCGUCAUCGUCAGGUAUCCCCGCCUGGACUCUGCCUUGCCUGUACACGGUAGGCAAGUACUUGCGCACUUUUGCGAUCAAAGCCGACAUCGAAGCAGCCGCUCAGGGAACGUCAGGCUUUGGAUUCCAGGAUGAUGUAGCUGCCGAUAUUGAGAAGAAUGCCAACUUGGAGGAGGCUGCCCGCAUCAUCAAUCGAAUGUUCACAUUGUGUCUCAGUGAUCGUGCUCCAAUUGAGGAAUCACGCAAGUGGGGGAUCUACAACACAACGAAUCUUAUCUUCAAAACUUACUUCAAGAUCAACUCGGUCGGCCUCACCAAAAACCUUCUUCGCGCGAUUAAAGCCCAAUCAGCCGAUCUGCCUCCGUUGGAAGCAUUCCCAAAAUCCCACAUCGUCACGUUCGAAUACUAUGUUGGAGUCAUCCACUUUUUGGAUGAGAAUUAUGCCGAGGCCGAGCAACAUUUGGCAACUGCCUGGAACAUGUGCUACCGAGGAGCGUCCAGAAACAAAGAGCUGAUUCUGACAUACUUAAUUCCCUGCCAUUUGGUUACGACACAUACCCUCCCCAGUGACCAACUCCUCGCUUCAUUCCCUCGAUUGGAGAAGCUCUUCCGCCCUCUGUCCAACUGCAUCCGAAAAGGCGACCUCGUUGGAUUCGACAAAGCCAUGUCUGCCGGUGAAGAAGAGUUUGUCAAGAGACGCAUCUACUUGCCGCUAGAGCGCGGCCGCGACAUCGCCUUGCGUAACCUGUUCCGCAAAGUGUUUAUUGCAGGAGGCGUCGAAGAGCCUAAAGAGGGUCAACCUCCCGUCCGGCGAACCCGUAUCCCCGUGGUAGAAUUUGCAGCUGCUCUAAGAAUUGGCACCCAUGCUACAAACCGGACACGAGUUGAUAUUGACGAAGUGGAGUGCCUCAUAUCCAACCUCAUCUAUAAGGGUCUUAUGAAAGGUUAUAUUGCACGCGAACGAGGCAUGGUCGUUUUGAGCAAGAACAACACCGCUUUCCCAGGCACUGGCGUCUAA